AACUGCUUUGUGUUUUACAGGUGUUUGGAAUGAAUUUGAUUGAACUUCACAGUAGACCUGGUCUAUAUCUGUUGCUAAAUGAUUUAGAUGUGAAAACUGAAUUCAGUGAACAUACAUUGAACUGGUCUGAAGAAGAAAAUGGAAAAACUGGACUUCUUUUUUUCAUCUUGUCUUUGAUUUUCAUGAAUGGAAACGUGGUACUAGACAACGUCAUGUGGACCACUUUGAAGAGGCUUGGACUUGACCAUGAGGUAGGUCCUCACCCAUUAUUUGGUGACAUAAAGAAGUUAGUAACUCAAGAAUUUGUUCGCCAGCAGUAUAUGGAGUAUACCCGAAUACCAGGUUCAGAUCCUGCCUUGUACGAGUUCCGUUGGGGUCCACGAGCUGAACUUGAACUGUCUAAGAAAGAAUUACUUGAAUUUGUGUGCUACUUAUAUGGAAAUAACAUGAAACCUGAACAGUGGACGUCUCAGUACCAAGAUGUUCUAAGAUCUGAAGAGCAGGAUGAAGCUUGAGGAACAAGUGAAUUAUUGAUAAGGGAUUUGUGUAUAUUAACCUCUAAAAAAUAAAGAUGGGAGUCUGAGAAAAAUUGUAGUUUGUUUCGAGAUUAUGAAAUGUGGUUUGAUAUAACUUUUGAAAACCAUUAAACACAUGAUGUUGGAGUAAAGUA